GAGGGUCAGCGGCAGGAGGGUCAGCGGGAGGAGGGUCAGCGGCAGGAGGGUCAGCGGCAGGAGGAGCGGCAGGAGGGUCAGCGGCAGGAGGGUCAGCGGGAGGAGGGUCAGCGGCAGGAGGGUCAGCGGCAGGAGGGUCAGCGGGAGGAGCGUUAG